UCCCCCUCACGGAAGAAGACCCUCCUAAUCUGAAGUCGGCGUUGGCCGAGGAUGAGAGCUCAGAUGAGAUCUGUAAUUCCAGCCUUCAUGAAGGAUCGAGUGAUGAUGAUUCUCAAGCCGUCGGCAAACCUGUUCCGAAGGGCCCUGCGGCGGGCUCCAGGACCUCCAAGAGGAGGUAAGUCUGCUCGUUCUCAAGUUUUUUGAUGUUUUUUGGGUUCUGGAAUAUAAGAGGCAUCCGUGAUCCUAUUAAGCGUGCCGAGAUUAGGCGUUUCGCUACUGUUAAUAAGCUUUGCUUCAUUAGAUUGAUUGAGACCAAAGUCCCGGAGGAGCUUUUUGAUUCUAUUUCCUCCACCCUCAUUAGGGGUUGGAGUUGGCUUGCUAAUUAUGACUGUGCUCCUCGUGGGAGGAUUUGGGUCGGGUGGAACCCGGAUUUUGUUGAGUUUAAUCCCAUUUCGGUCAGUGACCAAGUUUUGCAUGGCUGUCUUAAGUGGAUACCUUCCGGUGUGAGCUGUUAUAUUUCUACUGUGUAUGGGGAGCAUUCCUUUGUCCGUUGUCGACCUCUGUGGGAUGAUCUCCAGCACUACAAUGAGAUCUUUCAGGAUGUUGCGUGGGUUGUUGCCGGCGAUUUCAAUGCAAUCAAAGAUCCGUCGGACCGGGUUGGAGGUACUACCACAUGGAUCCCUUACUUUGACGAAUUCGCUCAAUGUUUGGUGCAGACGGAGCUGACGGACCUAAGAUUUGUUGGCCUUCGGUAUACUUGGAGUACGUCGGCUGGUGCUGCUAGAAAUAUGAGGAAGAUAGACCGAGUUCUCGUCAAUAAUAAGUGGAAUGUUGAUUUUUCCUUCUUCGAGGCGGCGUUCCUCAGCCCGGGUAUCUCUGAUCACACGCCAAUGGUGGUUAGAGUUAUUCAUCCUCCCCGUAGGAGUAAGCCUUUCAAGUUCUUUGAAUUUUGGGAGAAGCACCCGGAUUUCAAAUCCUUAGUGCAGGAUGUGUGGAGUACUUCGGUAACUGGGGUACCCAUGUAUAAGUUAGUCUCCAAGCUCAAGAUGUUGAAGGCUCGCCUAAAGCUCUUAAACCAGGAAGCCUUUUCGGAGGUCUCUCUAAGAACGGCGGAGGCAAGGCAGGCCUUAAGUGCCAUUCAAUCUGAUCUUCAAGAUGACCCGGCAAACUUGGAUCUUACUGAAAGGGAGAGGAGUUGUCGCCGGGCUUUUGUUGAAUUAAGAAGCCAUGAAGAGUCUUUUUAUAGACAAAAAUCGAGAAUCAGAUGGCUAAAAGAAGGGGAUAGGAAUUCUAAGUUCUUCCAUCACUCCGUGAAAAGGAGACAGCUCGCCAAUAGGAUUCUCUCUAUCAAAGACCCCUCGGGGACGGUAAUAACCGAUCCAGCGGUGGUACCUCAGGUGUUCACCAGGUUCUUCUCUUCUCUGCUAUCCCCUCAUGAGGCCUUAUCCAAGCCUUCUAGUGAGGAGGUCAAGCGUGUCAUUCGCCGUCCCGGACCCCCGACCAAAUUCGUAUCUUGA